AUGGUUCUAUCUAAGCUUACUCUGGAUGGCAAGGUCACUGUCAUCACUGGUGGAUCAAGGGGGAUUGGUCUAACACUAGCAAAGACAGCCGCUUCUCUGGGCAGCGAUGUUGCAAUUUUAGACGUCGAGGAGCCAGAAACAACACUUCAACAAUUGGAAAAUGAAUAUGGCUCUCGGUUCUUCUUUCAGCGUACGGAUGUUACUUCCAAGCAGAGCCUGGAAGAUGCUUUUCGUUCCGUGAAGAGCAGCUUCAAUCACAUUGACAAUUGCAUUACUUGUGCCGGGGUGGCUCUUGACAAGCCGUUUUUAGACCACGAAUGGGAUGAGUCUCGUCAAAUUCUCGAAAUCAACGUCCUCGGCUCUUUCUUUGCUGCUCAGCUGGCAUCGAAACAAAUGAUUGAGCAGAAGAGUGGGGGCUCCGUGGUGAUGAUCGCCUCAAUUGCCGCUCACUGCGCUAUUCCUUCUCAAUGUGUGUCGAUCUAUGGAGCUUCGAAGGGGGCUAUUAAAUUGUUGGGGAAAACUUUGGCUGUUGAGCUAGCACCGCACAAUGUGCGGGUCAAUACGAUCUCUCCCGGGUUCAUUGCUACCAAGAUGUCAGCGCAGUUUGUUGACAUUCAGCAAGUUUUCAGAACAGUUCCCCCCUUGAAACGGAUGGGCCAUCCUGAUGAUUUGGCCCUUGCAGUGGCAUAUUUACUUGGUGAUGGAUCUUCUUAUACAACUGGGGCGGAUAUUCCAGUAACCGGAGGGCUUCACAAUGGGCGCAUCGAGGUUUAA